AGGAUCUCUAUAGCAGCUUUGAGUUUGUCUGUAGGAGAUUUCGUGGUCCCUUAAGGGGGAUUGGGAUUUCUAUAUGGGAUUUGGGGGCACUGGGUUUUCCCUAAAGGCACUCUGAGAGAAUUAUGGGGUCUAGACCAGUCAGUUUUUUUAAAAUUUUGUAUACAAAUUUGGGAAUUUUUAGGUUUCUAUUGGGAAUUUUUGUAAUUUUGGGGACAUCAAAUUGAAUUUUGGAGGAUCCCAUAGAGAAUUUUUGUGGUCUCUAUAGUCAAAUUUGGGUCUAAACAUGGGAAGUUUGGGUUCUCUACAGGAAAUUCCUGGGAUCUCCUUAGGGAAUAUUUGGGAAUUCUGGGUCCAAAUGUGAGAAAUUCUGGGUGAGUAUUUUGGGUGCCAAAAUACGUCAGUGAGCAGCUGGCAUGGAGCCUAUGAGACCCAGGGCUCUGAUUUUAGGUGAUUUUGGCUCCCUUGGGGGGUUUCAGGCCAGUUUGGGUGUGUUUAGGUCCAUUUGGGUGAUUUUAGGGAAAUCGAGGUGGUUCUAGGGUGAUUUUAGGCCCAUUUUUGUGAUUUUUGGCAAAACCAGGAACUUUCUGGGUGGAUUUUACGCACAAUUAGGUGAUUUAUAGGCAACUUGGUGUGGGUUUUCAACCACUUUUGGCAGUUUGAGACCCUUUGGUGAGAUUUCAAACCCAUUUGGCUGAUUUCAGGCCAAAGCUGAUGAGUUUUAGGCUGGAUUUUAGGCCCCUUUUUAAACAAAAUUAGGCACAUUUCGAUGAUUUUACAUCUCUUGGUGUGGAUCUGAGGCCUCUCUGGUUGAUUUUAGGCCAAACUUGGUGGAUUGAGGCUGCAUUUGGUGUCUUUUAUUGGUGAUUUUUGGGCAAACCGAAUCGUUUUAGGACAUUUGUCCCCGCCCCUUUCCCCUCACAGUUCCCGCCCUUCCCUUGACCCCGCCCCUUUCCCCUCACAAUUCCCGCCCUUCCCUUGACCCAUCCUCUCCCAGUUCGGGUUUCGGAAAGGGGCAGGAGGAGGAGGGAGGGAGGAAGAGGCGGAGCCGCAGCAGAAGCAGGAGGGGACAAGGAAGGAUUCGAGCGCCAUCCCGGAGCUGCCUGAACUCGCAGCGCCCCCGGGACCAUCGCCCCCCAUCCCGCAGGAUUUCCCAAUUUUAGCCAUUGGCCCGAUGGAGGAGGAGGAGGAGGCUGCGAGGAAGAGGAAGAUGGCCCGGGAGCCCCAGGCAGACAAGGAGCUGAGCAUGGAGAGCAGGGAGGAGAAAUCCCCGCGGCACAACCUUGUGGAAGAGGCCGUUUGCAGCGGCUCUACAGCGCAGGAAUCCAACGGGGAGGAAAAGCCGUGGAGAUACCGCACCAGGAGGGGCAGCAAACGCAGAUCGCAGGGAUCUGAGGAGGAAAGACCCAGCCUGGGUCGGGCAGGUGGCCGGAGAUGGAGCCAGAGCUCGGACCUUGUCCAUGAGCAGCUUCGUGAUGGGAAGAAGCCCCACAAGUGCUCAGAGUGUGGGAUGAGCUUCAGAUGGAGGUACCUCCUGAUCUGCCACCAGAGGAUCCACACUGGGGGGAGGCCCUUCGAGUGUGGGGAGUGUGGGAAGAGGUUUCACUCCAGCAGCCAUCUCCUCAGGCACCAGCGCACGCACACAGACGAGAAGCCCUUCCGCUGCCCUGAUUGCGGGAAGGGAUUCAGGGAUAACUCCCACCUCAUCUCCCACCGGCGCAUCCACACCGGGGAAAAGCCCCACGAGUGUGAGGAGUGUGGGAUGAGCUUUGGCCAGAGAUACACCCUGAUCCGCCACCAGAGGAUCCACACAGGGGAGAGGCCCUAUGAAUGCGGAGAGUGUGGGAAGGGCUACAUUGAGCGCGCCCAAUUGAUCCGCCACCAGUACAUCCACACUGGGGAGAGGCCCUACAAGUGUGAGGAGUGUGGGAAGGGCUUCAGGCAGCGUGCCGACCUAAUCCUUCAUCAAAGGACCCACACUGGGGAGAGGCCCUAUGAGUGUUCUAAGUGUGUGAUGAGGUUUACCACCAGCUCCAAGCUCCUCCAACACUACCAGACACACACGGAGGAGAGGCCCUAUGAGUGUCUUUACUGCGGGAAGGGCUUCAGGAAAAACUCCCACCUCAUCAUCCACCGGCGCAUCCACACCGGGGAGAGGCCCUACGAGUGUGACGAGUGUGGGAAGAGCUUCAGCCAGAGCUCGGACUUGGUGGUCCAUGAGCAGCUUCGUGAUGGGGAGAAGCGCCACAAGUGCUCGGAGUGUGGGAUGGGUUUCAGAUGGAGGUCCAGACUGAUCCACCAGAGGAUCCACACUGGGGAGAGGCCCUACGAGUGUGGGGAGUGUGGGAAGAGGUUUCUGACCCGCAGCCAUCUCCUCAGGAACCAGCGCAUGCACACAGACAAGAAGCCCUUCCGCUGCUCUGACUGCGGGAAGGGCUUCAGAGAAAACAGUGUACUCACAAAACACCAGCGCAUCCACACCGGGGAAAAGCCCCACGAGUGUGAGGAGUGUGGGAUGAGCUUCAGAUGGAGCUCCAGCCUAAUCUGCCACCAAAGGGUCCACACAGGGGAGAGGCCCUAUGAGUGCUCUAAGUGUGGGAAGAGGUUUCCUACCAGCUCUGAUCUCAUCAAGCACUUCCAGACACACACGGAGGAGAGGCCCUACGAGUGUCCUGACUGCGGGAGGGGCUUCAGGCAGAAGUACACUCUCAUCACCCAUCGACGCAUCCACAUGGGGAGAGGCCCUACAAGU